GUAGAUAACUUGCUGUAUAUUAAACGCGGGCUCUAUGGUUCAUACAAAGUUCGCAAGUGCAUCGGUAAUUCUGUAACAAGCCGCGUGUCGUAUCAGCUUCCAGUAAUAAAUAUAGUUUGCGUCGCGUAUACAGAAAAUACGGGGGAAAUUGACUGCGGUGAAAAUCUCAACCGUUUGGAGAGAGUGCCAAAUAUAUAAAUGGGAAGUAUUUGCUUUGAUAAAGCAGACAACAGUAGAUUGUGUUUGCGAUAAAGAGACCCCGAAACGCGAGAUGAUUUCUUAAAAACUCUGCAUGUCUAAAAAUGCGACAGGGUGAGCAUGCACAAGCAAACCUACGCCUUGGGGGUUGCGAUGGAGGAUAAGUUAUCCAGAAGUUUGAGUCGUACUGAGAGAUAACAACUUGCGGCAUUUUCAGGUACCUGACGAGCAUUUCACUCCAACGCAUUUCUUGCAGGUGUGUCAUUAUCCAGUAGCCUUAUGGCUAGUCCUGAGACAAGUGCAGUACAAAGAUGGAGGAAAUGUGUGGACUCCGUGCUGGACAAUCUUACUGAUGAACAGAUGAAAACUCUCAAAACUAACUCUGAGGAGCGUGACUUUUUCGUGGUACAUCACUUGACAGAACUGAAAGAGGGAGGCAUCUCGCCUCUUAUUCAUGGCACACCUAUCACCUGCAAAGUGGAAAAUACAGAAAGAUACACCACCCGCUCCAAGGUACGCGUAUGCACUCUCUACACAGUUCGUCUAACACACGGCGAAUUCACAUGGACAGUGAAACGAAAGUACAAGCACUUUCAGGACCUCCACAGAGAUCUGUACAAACACAAAGUAUUGCUGCAGUUUUUGCCUCUCGGGAGAUUCGGCAUUCAGAGGCAACAAAUGGCAGGUUUCACGGAGGAGAUGCCAACUUUACAUGGAGCAGACAGAAUCAGGAGAACAUCUAGCAAGCCGAAAUAUCUGGAGGAGUAUUUAAACAAUUUAUUAGAAAACAACUUCUACAGGAACCUUCGUGGGAUGUUGGACUUCCUUGCCAUCAGUCCACUCUCCUUUAUCAGAGACCUUGGAACAAAAGGCCUAGAGGGUUAUAUUUCGAAAAGAUCAGGGGGUCACCGCGUCCAGGGGCUUAACUGCAUUGGACACCAUCAGUUCUGCUUCCGCUGGUCUCGUCGGUGGUUGGUGGUGAAGGAUUCAUUCCUUCUGUACAUGUCCAGAGAUCCUCCCGUUGUAUCAUUCGUUCUGCUCUUUGAUCCUGAGUUGAAGGUGUUGGUUGGCCGCUGUUACACUGAUACCAAGCAUGGAGUCUGCAUCGAAAACUUUAGCAGGAAGCUGGUGAUUAAGUGCACUACCUAUAGGCAAGCUCAGUGGUGGAGUCAUGAGAUUCGAAGUCUCUCUGAACGCUGUGAUUUCAUCCAGACACAUCGCUUCAACAGCUUUGCCCCACCCAGGCCAGAUACUCUCACAAAGUGGUAUGUUAAUGGGAAUGGGUAUUUCUCAGACCUGGCUGAUGCACUGGAACAGGCCAAGGAGGAGAUCUUCAUUACUGACUGGUGGCUCAGUCCAGAGGUUUUCCUCAAACGUCCAGCUACAAACACGUACUGGCGGUUGGACAAGAUUCUCAAACGCAAAGCAGAACAGGGAGUGAAGGUGUGUGUGCUGUUGUAUAAGGAAGUAGAAAUGGCUUUGGGUAUUAACAGUGGGUACAGCAAGAAGACUCUGAUGAACCUGCAUCCCAAUAUUAAGGUGAUGCGUCACCCUGAUCAUGUGGCCUCAGUUGUGGUCCUCUGGGCCCAUCAUGAGAAGAUGGUUGCUAUUGACCAAUCGGUGGCCUUUAUGGGCGGGUUAGACCUUGCUUUUGGGAGAUGGGAUGACAGUGACUACAGGCUAAGCGACCUGUCUCCCCCUAGAAGCACUGCAGAUCCAGACCUAGAGUCUGAUACAGUGGACAGUUCUGCAAUUCCUCUGACAGAACCUGAGUCAGGUAAAAAGUGUGAGGAUGAAGUAGACCUGAGCUGUAAUGCCCUCAUGUGGCUUGGAAAAGAUUACAGCAACUUUAUCAAGAGAGACUGGACACAGCUGGAUCAGCCUUAUCAAGACAAUGUUGACAGAACCCAGGUACCACGUAUCCCCUGGCGUGAUCUGGGCGCGGUGCAUCACGGAAAAGCAGCCAGAGACCUUGCACGCCACUUCAUUCAGCGCUGGAACUUCACUAAGAUCUUCAAAAAUAAGUACAAGGAUGACUUCUACCCGUACCUACUUCCGAAAUCUCAUAGUACAGCAGAUAGGCUUCCAUUCAGUGUUCCUGAAGCCAAAAAAGCCAAUGUACAGGUUCUCCGUUCUGUUGACCGCUGGUCUGCUGGCACUUGUGAACGCUCUAUCCUCAAUGCCUACAUACAUGUUAUUGAGAACAGCGAGCAUUACGUGUAUCUAGAGAAUCAGUUCUUCAUCAGCUGCGCAGAUGAGAAGAGCGUACACAACACCAUCGGGGACGCUAUUGUCAAGCGAAUCCUACGUGCCCACAGUGAGGGAAAGAAAUACAGGGUGUUUGUUGUAAUUCCCCUGCUGCCCGGCUUUGAGGGUGACAUCAGUCAGGGAGGAGGAAACGCCAUUCAGGCUAUACUGCAUUUUACCUACAGGACAAUUAAUAGAGGAGAGCACUCCAUCCUGUCAAGAUUAAAGGAGAAAAUGCAGGAUGAAUGGACACAGUAUUUUUCUCUGUGUGGUCUGCGCACAAACGCUCAGCUCGGCAAUUUGCCUGUUACAGAACUCAUUUAUGUCCACAGCAAAGCCCUCAUCUCUGAUGACCGCCGCUACAUCAUAGGGUCAGCCAACAUUAAUGACAGGAGCAUGCUGGGUAGUCGUGACAGUGAGCUGGCCGUGCUGGUGGAGGAUGAAGAAAGAGUUCCUUCAGUCAUGAAUGGAGAGGAGUACCAGGCCGGGCCACUAGCACUCGCCUUGCGAAAGGAGUGCUUUGGUGUGCUUCUCGGAGCGAAAUCUGACCCAACUCUCAACAUUGACGAUCCAAUUAGUGAUCAUUUCUUCAACAACGUUUGGAACAAAAUUGCCCAAUCAAAUGCUGUCAUCUAUGAACAGGUCUUCCGAUGUCUUCCUCUGGACUCCAUUCGCAACUUGCGUGAGCUAGUGGAGCAUGUGAAUGCAAGGAAAUUCAGCCUUGCCGACCCCGAGAAAGCCAAACAAGAACUUCAGGGCGUCAGGGGCAUCCUGGUCCAUUUCCCGUUGCACUUUCUGUGCGGGGAGAACCUGCUUCCACCACUUAAAAGCAAAGAAGGAAUGGUUCCUGUGGAGGUGUGGACAUAGCAAGCAGAAGUACAGUGUCAAACUGUACAGUGAAACCAAAGAUGAAAGAUAAAACAGUGUAUCAUACAUCAUUUGAGCUAACUAAGGUAGAAGCUACUACCGUUGCAGAAUAAUGAAUACACUUGUCUUUCAGUUUAACCACUAACCACAGUACAGUGUACUAACAAGAAUCUAAACGUAUCUAUGCCAGAAGUACACUAUGCACCUUGCAAAUGAUAUGAAAAUAUCAUUAAUUCAUUACAUAGAUAAAACAUAAAUGUUCUCUAAUCUCCAUGUACUAACACAUGAUAAAGUGCAAAAAUAUUAGCACCUUCUUGCCAGAGGUACAUAAUGCACUUUGCAAGUUAUAUGUAAAUAAUGAAAUAACAUUCAAAACAUAAAGAUGAGGAAGGAAUAAAUAGAUACUCUCUAAUGCCCAUGUACUAACACGUGAUAGUAAGAAAAAAUAAACACAUGCCAGUAGAAGACAUUGCACUUUAGAAGUUAUGAAAAUAACAAUGAAACUAUAUUUAGGUUAUUGUAUAGGAAAAAAUAGAAAUUAGAUGUGUUCUAAUGCUCAUUAUGGUCUUGAAUUUAAUGAUCCAUAUAUAUUAUAUAUAUAUAAGAUGGCAGAGAAUUUAAAGUGCUGCAUAUUGAGGGCAGAACGAGAAAGGAAGGAAGAGAUGUAAGGGUGAGAAAAAGAGAGAGAGCGCAAGAGGAGUAUUUUUGAUGACCGAGGAACAGAACGUACAUUUAUUGUUGUGAAUGUGUGUGGGUGGAUGGCAUUGCUUUACCUCCUUUCCCCUCUCUUUAUUUCUCUUUCUUGCGUGCACUACACCUCAAUGCAGUGGCAGCAAAUCUGUCAGAACAUUUGUGGUUGUUAUGGUGACGGGUAUAAAGAGCCGACUUGGUCUUGGCUGCUGAAGGAGAUAGAGAACGAAUGAAAGAGAGAGAGAGGAAGAGAUAGUGAAACAGGAAAAAAUAGAUGAACCGUAAAUCUGAAGAAAAAAACUAGGAUAAGAUACUUGGUAAGGUAAAUUAUGUAAUGUUUUUUGAAACAGGUAGGGUGGAGGUGUUAUGGGGAUCAAGGUGGGGCAGCAAACAGUAAGAUAUUCAGGGGGAGUCUCAGCUCCACAUUUAUCACUCCCAUCUCCAUGACAACCAGGAGAAAUUGUUAUGUAAUAAUGUCAGCGGUCCAGAAGAUUCCACUUUAUGCUCUUGGAGGGGUGUCAAAACAUGUGGAGCAUACUGCCAGAAGAGCAAAGCUAAUUUUGUCUGUCCAAUGUUAUUACUAAUAUGCCUGCAGAAUGCUGUACAAAUUUUAUGGAAUGUUGUAUGUGACCUUUAUUGAAUAUGAAGAAAAUGUGUAGAUUUUAACCACUAUAUUGCCAUGAUGUACUGUUACAUUCCAAUCACAUAUCAACCAAUCACGUUUCCUUUUUAUAAAGUGACAAAUGUUAUUUUUAAAAUCACUGUGUGUACACUUAUAGACAUUUUAAUGUAUCAAUCUGCUUUUACAUAUUUUUACAUUUUUCAUGUGCGUAUGCUUUAUUUAGAAAGCAUACAGAACUGUUAAAACUACUGUUAAAACACUACUAAUAAUAAUUAAAAUCAAUAUUGACUAACA